GGUGUCACUCGGGGCAAUUAUGACCCCUCGCCAGCGGCAGGGCCGGACCGAGGCACCCUCGGUUUCAGUGUCGCGCUACGGCGCCGACGUUUCCCGCAGGCGGGAUCGACAGUCCCAGAGUUCUCCGCGGCUGGGGCAGAAGCCGCCUGGGUGGUCCCAGGUCCCUGGUAGCAGAGAACUGGCGGUCCCGGCGGGGUGUGAUCCAGUUCUCAAGAAGCCCGCCUCCCUGGAAAGAGCAGGCUUCGGGGUCCACUUCUAGUGCUUUUUAUUUUUGCGCCCAGGCCGGGCCUGGAGCAACUUGUACUGAGGGAGAAUUUACCUGUCAGAAGAGUUGGCGACUUGGAGUCUCUCUCCGGGCUUAGACUGGACUAGGCACGGCUCCGGCUGUGACCCGGCAGCCUUAGUGCGAGGACUCUGUGUGUGUUACUGUCACUAAGACCUCUACCGAGGUGCUAUUACUCCUUUUCGUAGAGGUGAAGAAGGUGAUUCAUCUUUGGGGCGUUGACUAGGACAGUGCCGGAGUGUGAAGGAGUUCGAGAAGCUGAACCGCAUCGGCGAGGGCACCUAUGGCAUCGUGUAUCGGGCUCGGGACACCCAGACAGAUGAAAUUGUCGCACUGAAGAAGGUUCGGAUGGACAAGGAGAAGGAUGGCAUCCCCAUCAGUAGUCUGCGGGAGAUCACGCUGCUUCUUCGUCUUCAUCAUCCGAACAUCGUGGAACUGAAGGAGGUGGUUGUGGGGAACCACCUGGAGAGCAUCUUCCUGGUGAUGGGUUACUGUGAGCAAGACCUGGCCAGCCUCCUGGAGAAUAUGCCAACACCCUUCUCAGAGGCCCAGGUCAAGUGCAUCGUGUUACAGGUGCUCCGUGGACUUCAGUACCUGCACAGGAACUUCAUCAUCCACAGAGACCUGAAAGUCUCCAACUUGCUCAUGACUGACAAAGGCUGCGUGAAGACAGCGGAUUUCGGCCUGGCCCGGGCCUAUGGUGUCCCAGUAAAACCAAUGACCCCUAAGGUUGUCACCCUCUGGUACCGAGCUCCUGAACUGCUGCUAGGGACUACCACCCAGACCACCAGCAUUGACAUGUGGGCUGUGGGCUGCAUCCUGGCUGAGCUGCUGGCCCACAAGCCCCUUCUUCCUGGCACCUCUGAGAUCCACCAGAUCGACCUAAUUGUGCAGCUGCUGGGGACACCCAGUGAGAACAUCUGGCCGGGCUUCUCCAAGCUGCCGCUGGUUGGCCAGUACAGCCUGCGGAAACAGCCCUACAACAACCUCAAGCACAAGUUCCCAUGGCUCUCUGAGGCUGGGCUGCGCCUGGUGAAUCUCCUCUUCAUGUAUGACCCCAGGAAAAGGGCGACAGCUGGAGACUGCCUGGAGAGCUCGUACUUCAAGGAGAAGCCCCUCCCCUGUGAGCCGGAGCUCAUGCCCACCUUCCCUCACCAUCGCAACAAGCGGGCUGCCCCAGCCUCAUCUGAAGGCCAGACCAAGCGCUGCAAGCCCUGACCGUGAACCCAGCACACACCUGUGUCCCCUCACCCAGAUGGCUGUAUCAGCAGUGGACAGAAACAGUCCUGCAGGCUGGGCUGAUCAGCCACCUGGGAUCCAUCUUAUCCCCUUGGCUGGGACAUCCUUUAGCCAGCUUUACCCUGCUAUUCCUUCUGUACCCACCGCCUCCAGAGGCAGCCAGGUGUGGACAUGAGGUGGGGGCUUCUAGCCUCUAUACCCUAGAAGGCCUCUGCUAUGGCCACAUGGAGUCCGCCCAUCAGUUUGGCUCUUGUUUGGUGACCCUUCUCUGGAGUUGUUGGGUCCAACUCACUGGGUGUCUUAGAAAUGGUGGUGUAUUCUGCCCAGGGUAGAGAGGCUGUGCUGACCUCACGUGGGGCCAGCAGUACCCCUAGUAGGGAGGAGAAACAAAGGUGAGGUGGGGGCUAUGACAUGCCCUGAGACCCCAGGAGGAGAGCUGGGUUGGGGCUGAGCUGUACUUUUCCCCAGAAGAGUGUGUGGUUGGCUCUGGAGCAGAGCAGAAGAUGGAGCUCUUAUUAGAUAUGUACUUUCCCAACA